GUUUGGAGGCGGAGAGGAGGGUUGGAAAAUACGACAGGCCAAGCCCAGAGAGGCAAAGCUAGUAGACGGAAAGGAGAAGCGGAAGAGGGAGGAACACAGACACAGCCCGCAGCGAAGGAGGAGAACAGCCGAGUAGGGACUCGGCAGGUGGUGUCACCUGAGCGGCACAGGUGGGCUGGUAAAAAGUGGGAGGAGGUUGGAAGAGGCAGGAAUGAGGACAGACCGGUUUCCUGCACUUCUGCAGGACUGUUCUAAGCUAAGGUUCUCUAUAUCAGAUUUUGAUUCGGCCUCAAUUAAGAGAACACCAUGGAUUAAGGACUUUAACACCACUACUAUCGUGGGCUGCAUACCUGAAAAGGAAUACCAUAAUGGAGAGACCACAACAGAAUGCCCUGUGGUGGUCCUGCGAAGGUCUAACCCUGGGGUAAAACACGUUGGUAGCAGCAGGAAGACGGUGAGCAUGUAUGGCUCCCUGGAUGAGCCCCAAAAACAACGAAUUACGACAGUGGGUCAUGAGUAUAGGUCACAGAGACCUCACAGUGUAUGCAUGCUGGCUGCCUCUCAGUCGAGCAGUGUGCUUGAAACCAAUUCCUCCUCAUCUAAAACGGGUAACAUCAACCGUUUUCAACAGCGUACAUGUAGGAGAACAAUUGAUGGCCUCAAGCAAGACAUGCCUCCCUCUUUCCGGCUGCCCCCGUAUCCGCAACAGGAGGUCCUACCACGCCGAACCCUGCAGACAACCGGAAGACCUCGGCCCGUUAGCAUGACCGUUCUAGAGCUGAAGGAGGCUAGUAGAUCACAAGACGAACUGGCCAACCGCACUUCCAGCGACGCUGCGAGCCUGCCUCGCUCUGGCUUUCGAUGGAGGCUCUUUGGCCGACAGGCACAGGAUAAGGAGACGGCAGCCAUUUCAGUACCUACCAGCAGCAAACCAGAUAGGCCAAAGAAGAGGUUUAGCUCUCUGCGAAGGAGCCUAAGCCUCAGGCUCAAGCGGAAUUGUAAUCAACCAGAGCAAGAUGCUGUACGAGAAAGAACAUGGACGACAAGUGCGAGAGAAGAUGUGACACGGUCCAGCAAGCCAUUCUCUUAUCUGACUGGCAGGACGUUGUCUCCUGCUUAUGAGCACAGUCAGGACCAGAGAGGCAAGCAGUUAAUAGAGUUCCAAACUAGAGGGAAAGUCUCGGUUAUCGAGGUCCCCUUAGCCCCACCGAAACUCACCAAGCCCCUCAAACCGACGUCUUCAGAGCCGAAUUUUUGGCAGCUCAUCACUAGUCGCUUUAAGAGAAAAGGCAACAAAUCUGAAGCCUGUGCUGAAAGCAAACUACCUGGCACCGAUCCCCCAGCCUGGAAUAAAAAGCCAGUUACCAUAGAGACAUUAAAGGGCAUUGAUUUCAGCAAAGGUCAAGAUUCCUUUGUCAACAGUCAGGAGUGGACAUUGAGUAGAUCAGUACCAGAGCUCAAAGUGGGCAUUGUGGGUAACCUCUCCAGCGGGAAGUCGGCCCUCGUGCACCGGUACCUGACAGGAACAUAUGUCCAGGAGGAGUCUCCGGAGGGAGGAAGGUUUAAAAAGGAGAUUGUGGUGGAUGGACAAAGCUACCUGCUGCUAAUCCGAGACGAAGGAGGACCUCCUGAGCUUCAGUUUGCUGCCUGGGUGGACGCCGUGGUGUUCGUCUUCAGCCUGGAGGACGAGAUCAGUUUCCAGACGGUCUAUAACUACUUUCUGCGCCUGUCCAGCUACAGGAACACGGCUGAGGUGCCCAUGGUGCUGGUGGGCACGCAGGAUGCCAUCAGUGCCACCAACCCGCGAGUAAUUGAUGACGCCCGUGCCCGCAAGCUCUCCAACGACUUGAAGCGCUCCACCUACUACGAGACCUGCUCCACGUAUGGCCUCAAUGUGGAGAGAGUCUUCCAGGAUGUCGCUCAGAAGGUGGUGGCACUGAGGAAGAAGCAGCAGUUGGCCAUCGGGCCGUGCAAAUCUCUGCCAAACUCGCCUAGCCACACGUCCGUCCCCUCCGCGGCCAUUCCCUCCGUACACCUCAACCAGGCUGCUAACGGAGGGGGCGCGCCAUUCAGUGACUACUCCUCCUCAGUGCCCUCCACCCCCAGCAUGGGGCAGCGGGAGAUGCGCAUCGAGACCAUCGCUGCCUCAAACACGCCCACGCCCAUACGCAAGCAGUCCAAACGCCGCUCCAACAUCUUCACAUCGCGGAAAGCCAGUGAGCAGGCAAAGAGCGCUGAGUGUAAAACAGACAGCAUAGGCAGUGGGAGGGCCAUUCCCAUCAAACAGGGCAUUCUGCUAAAGAGGAGCGGAAAAUCACUGAAUAAAGAGUGGAAAAAGAAGUACGUGACGUUGUGCGACAACGGCGUCCUUACUUAUCAUCCCAGCUUACACGAUUACAUGCAGAACGUUCAUGGGAAAGAGAUCGAUUUGCUCCGGACGACGGUCAAAGUGCCGGGGAAAAGGCCGCCUCGGGCGGUGGCUACGGUAGCGCCGACUGCUAGCCCCAAAAGCAACGGUUUAACCAAGGACAGGAGCACGCUCCAGCUGGGCAUCGGAGCCACAGGCGCUUCUCACUCCAACAGCAGUACCUCUCUGCAGUCUGGAGGCGUGGCCUCAGGACUGGGUGUGGUCUCUGUGGGCGGGGCUAAAGAGGGAAUGCAUCAACGCUCUUUCUCUGUGUCUAGUGCUGAGCAGUGGAAUGAAGCAGUUAACACGAGCAGUACCUCAGCCAAUGGGACGCUGGAUUCUCUCAGUGCCGCCGCUGGGCUGGGCGGUCCCACCAGUCCCAAACUGGAACCACCUCCUUCGCCGCAUGCCAACCGCAAAAAGCACAGAAGGAAAAAGAGUACGGGCAUCACCAAACCUGAUGGGCUGUCGGCAGGGAAUGAAGAGCAAGAAGAGUCGUUUGAGUUCAUCAUUGUGUCACUGACUGGACAGAUGUGGCAUUUUGAGGCGUCAACGUAUGAGGAGAGAGAGCUCUGGGUCCAAGCCAUCGAGAGUCAGAUAUUUGCCAGUUUACAGUCAUGUGAAAGUAGCAAGAAUAAGUCACGCUUAGGGAGCCAGAGUGAUGCCAUGACCAUCCAGUCCAUCAGGAACGUAAGAGGGAACAGUUUCUGUGUGGACUGCGACUCCCCCAAUCCAGACUGGGCGAGUUUGAACCUCGGCGCUCUGAUCUGUAUCGAGUGCUCGGGGAUCCAUCGGCACUUGGGCACUCACCUGUCACGUGUGCGCUCGCUGGACCUAGACGACUGGCCUGUGGAGCUGAGCAUGGUGAUGACGGCCAUCGGAAACGCUAUGGCCAACAGCGUGUGGGAGGGAGCGCUGGAGGGAUAUACCAAACCCGGAGCUGAUAGCAGCAGGGAGGAGAAGGAACGCUGGAUCAGGGCGAAGUACGAGCAGAAGCUGUUCCUUGUGGGCCUGCCGCAGUCGGACGUGCCCCUGGGGCAGCAGCUCCUGCGGGCCGUGGUGGAGGACGACUUGAGGAUGGUGGUGCUGCUGCUGGCUCACGGCACGAAGGAUGAGGUGAACGAGACUUACGGCGACGGGGACGGCCGCACAGCGCUGCACCUCUCCUGCGCCAUGGCCAAUGUGGUCAUCACACAGCUGCUAAUCUGGUAUGGUGUGGAUGUGAAGAGUCGCGACGCCCGCGGUCAGACGCCACUGUUCUUUGCCCAGCGAGCAGGAAGUCAGGAAUGCGUCGACAUCCUCGUCCAACACGGCUGCCCUUCGGAUUCCGGUGGCACGUCACCACCGACCGCCGUGCGGCACAACCCCAACGCCAACAACAACAACGGACAGUGCGAGAUCAACCGAAGCAUUAGCAUCAUGUAGAUCCCAAACGCCGUGGUGUAAAGCCUUCAGUGUCCCAGUGCCAUGAUACUGUGACUUCCUUCCCUGCCUUUAGCCAUUUCCACAUGAACGCCACUGUUUGUCGUGUCGCCCUCCGCAUAAAAAUCUUCCUGUUGUUCCAUCGUGUCGAGUCAGUGUGUAAAUGAGAACGUGCCAGGUUAACCCCCCAAAAAACUCUUGAUAUAUUAUAUGGAUGCGCUGCACUAUAACACCAUUAACUCAAUGUGUAAAGCCAUUAAAGGGUUAAGCCUAGGGUAAGUCAUUUUUAGAAAUAUUUCUGUUCGGAUUUCAAAAACAUGCAUACAAAUAAUUUUUGGUUCGGAUUUUAAAGACGGCGGGGGAAAGAAGAAAAAAAAAGCCUGUAUACUGAUUACGGGAAGACGCGAACCUGUUGUAUUGUAGAUUUUAACAAGGUGCAGGUCAUCGGACGAAAUUUUCCGUCUUGCGCGUCCGAUCUCGUCGAAGAAUUUUCUCCGCGUUCAUCAAAGCAGUUAGCCGCCUAAGAAUACCUCUUCAGUCGAGGCUGAAGGACAUGAUUACCCCGAGCUGAGAAUAAUACGUCGUUAUCAGGGCUUUGUGAGAUGGAUUCGUGAAGUGGUCUUCUGACUGUUUGACACUGGGGUCUACAUACACGUUAUAUAUAUCUCGAAUGAAAGAUCUGUUAGGUGACCUGCAUUUGCUGUGAACUUGUGUGCGUGCUUAGAGAAUGCUCAUUUACCUCCUCCAUACUUGAUUAUGCAUUGACGAGGACAUUUUCCAUUUUGUACUGAUAUAGAAUAACAGCAUUCGGGACGGUACGACAGAUUGUGUAUAUAGUAGCUUAUAUUUCCUUCUGACUGCCUCAUCCUACCAUUUAGGUGCUAAACGAUUAGCAAAAAAAACAACAACAAAAAAAAACAACAACAACGCUUGACCAACGUCGUUGCCUCUCUAGUGACUCUUAAAAGGAUGUAAGCUAUUGCUGGUAAGGAUACUAGCAUGGCUUUUGAGUUCCUGAUUAGCCAUGCUAACUUUUCUCGUCAAAUGUUAUUCUUUUUUGAAAUUCUUUUUACCUUAAAACACCACUUAGAUUCAUCUCAAGUCAUGCUAAUGAGCUAUGAGGGAAGGAAAUAGCAAAGCAGGAUGCUUUCGAAUCUGAUCUGUUUACGAAAUCGGACAAUAAAUCAUGUUAAUAUUUCUUUUCUGUUUUUUUUUUUUUUUUUUUAAAUACCAUGCAGUAUUUUACGUUUGCAGAACAUUUGUUUAUUAGCUGCUCCAAUCAUAUCUGAACAGUCCGUUGAAAGAGAAUUCUGUUAAUCAUUUAAUAGAGAUGCAAAAACAGUAAAUACAUUUUUUUAAAUGACUUAUUCCUCUUUUGUGAACAAUUAGGCAGCUUCAUGUUGAUUCGAAUCAAUGAAAUUGUACAUCUGCAAAGGUGCCGACAUUUACAGCUUUGGACCCCUUGCUACCAAUUUCUUUCCCAAAUACAUCUCGGGGGCAGGGGGGGUUGAGAAAACACUGUAGUGACCUGAAACCAACCACUGGAAAAGGAAACCACGUUUUUCAUCUUCUUCUCAGUUCACUGUGGUGUGCGGGCAUUUCACUUUUUAUCAAUCCUCACCUGGUAUGACCAUUAUAUCCACUCCAUAAUGCCCCGUUACCCUGUACCCAUUUUUGUGAAAUAUCCUAAAACAGAAAUGGUUCUGUACAUCAUAGAUGCCGUCUCUACUUUACUUUCCCUUUGUCGUGUUCGCCAUAGCCAAAGCUUUUGUGGAAAGUGAUCUUUGACUGUUAUUAAACUAGCCCUAAAAACCCGCCACUCGCAGAUUUGCUCUUUCCGACCUUGUUCCAAAACUAGCCCAAUUUGGUCUAAAAAAAAAAAAAAAAAAGCAAACCUCGCAACACCACAGGUGGAAAAGGCAUUUCACUCAACGCAAAAGGAACAUUUCAAAGUUAUGUACGCAUUUACUUCUGGUAGAGCGUACAUAACUUUGGUGUCUAAAUUCAGGAGCCUCUGUCAUGUGAGGCAAUAGAAAGUGGGUGGAGCUACAGGCUCUUUUGUUGAUUCAAAUAAUAAUAAUAAUAAUAAUAAUAAUAAUAAUAAUAAUAAUAGUAAAAACUGGAGAAGCUGCUUGUAAGCAUCAUCACACCAAACCUUUGCCUUACUGUUUUCUUAAAGAAGGGGGAGAGAGGGUUCCGUGGUAAAAUCUGCUAGCAUUUUUUUGCUAGCGAUGUUGGCACCUCUGCAUCUGAACUUCAUUCUUAUAUUUUACCCCCCAAUCAAGUAUUGAAUUAUUAUGACAAGGGAAAAAAAUGCAGCUUGUCUUCAUUUCUUGGCCUGGAUAAUAAUUCCAAAAUCAAGUCGUCUGUGUAUUUGAUUGGUUCUACUUUGUGCUAAAUGGCUCGAGAGCUGGUGCGCCAAUGAAAUGCCUCUGAAUGGACUAAACUUGCAGAAGUACCUGCACACUUCUCUCUCUCUCUUUUUUUUCUUUCCCCAAGAGAGCAUUUUAGCCCUCUUUCAGUUUACUUUGUUUUUUUUCCCCCAGUACCAUGCAUUGGUCUCAAUGUGCCUGUCAUCACAUUGCCUGACCAUCAAAGGUACUUUUUUGUGUAUAAUGAUGUACAUUUGACAUAUUUAUAAAAAGAUGCCGGAUGUAAAUAUUGUUUUGUUUUUUGUCGCUUUUAUUAAACGGUUUGUUCUUUUUUUUCUUUUUCUUCUCUCUUCAAUUUUUCCAUUGUUUUUACAUAAUGAAGUGACUUCAUGAGUGUGUGCUCGGAUGCUUGGCUGACUAUUGACAUAAUAAACACUCGAAUAAAAUGAUUUAUACCAUA